ACUCACUUGUAGUGUGGAAGGAGGUGGACCUGACCCGAGGAGCGUCCUGAUGCUUUGAACGAAAUCGUUAUCCUUGCCCUGUUGCAGCAUGAGAACAUCAUCGCGUACUACAAUCACUUCAUGGAUAACACCACGCUGCUGAUUGAGCUGGAGUACUGUAAUGGAGGGAACCUCUACGAUAAGAUUCUGCGGCAGAAAGACAAGUUAUUUGAAGAAGAGGUUGUGGGACAGGGACUCUGGUAUCUCUUUCAAAUUGCAUCAGCUGUGAGCUGCAUUCAUCGAGCAGGAAUUCUUCACAGAGAUAUAAAGACAUUAAAUAUCUUUCUAACCAAGGCAAACCUGAUUAAAUUGGGAGACUAUGGGUUGGCAAAGAAGCUGAACUCCGAGUACUCUAUGGCUGAGACUCUGGUGGGAACUCCGUAUUACAUGUCCCCAGAACUCUGCCAGGGUGUGAAAUACAACUUCAAAUCAGAUAUUUGGGCUGUGGGCUGUGUCAUCUUUGAGCUGCUUACUCUGAAGAGGACCUUUGAUGCUACGAAUCCCCUGAACCUUUGUGUAAAGAUUGUACAGGGAAAUCGCGCCAUGGAGGUUGAUUCCACUGUCUACUCCCGGGAGCUGAUCCAGAUGGUGAAUUCCUGCCUUGAUCAGGAUCCAGAGAAGAGACCCACGGCAGAUGAAUUGCUUGAACAUCCCCUUCUCAGCAAACGCAGGAGGAGAGAAGUGCGUUCUUGCUGUCUUGUUUUCUUGAUCAACCCCUGUGUUCUGCUGGUGCAUGGGGAGAUGGAAGAGAAAGUCACACUGCUUAAUGGGCCAAAUAAGCGACCAAGGUCAAGUACCAUGAAUGAGGCUCCCAUUGCAGUGGUGACUUCGCGCACUAGUGAGGUGUAUGUUUGGGGGGGCGGGAAGUCCACCCCCCAGAAGCUGGAUGCCAUCAAAAGUGGCUGCAGUGCACGCCAGGUGUGUGCUGGUAACACUCACUUUGCUGUGGUGACAGUGGAGAAGGAGCUCUACACCUGGGUGAAUAUGCAAGGGGGCACCAAGUUGCACGGGCAGCUGGGACAUGGAGACAGAGCCUCCUACCGGCAGCCAAAGCACGUUGAGAAGCUUCAGGGAAAAGCCAUUCGCCAGGUGUCCUGUGGAGAUGAUUUCACAGUGUGCAUCACAGAUGAGGGCCAGGUGUAUGCCUUUGGCUCAGACUAUUAUGGAUGCAUUGGCGUUGACAAGGCUUAUGGCUCUGAAGUGCUUGAGCCCCUGCAGCUGGAUUUCUUUCUUACCAACCCUGUGGAGCAGGUCUCGUGUGGAGAUAACCAUGUGGCAGUGCUGACCAGGAACAGAGAAGUUUACACAUGGGGCUGUGGAGAGUACGGGCGCUUGGGCUUGGAUUCAGAAGAAGAUCACUACACCCCUCAGAAGGUGGAUGUUCCGAAGACCUUAAACAUAGUGUCUGUUCACUGUGGCUGUGAUGGGACUUUCCUGCUCACCCAGACAGGCAAAGUGUUGGCAUGUGGACUCAACGAGUUCAACAAGCUGGGCCUGAAUCAGUGCACAUCAGGGAUAAUCAACCAUGACACAUACUGUGAGGUGCCAUACGCCACUUCCCUUACUUUGGCCAAGCAGCUGUCCUUCUACAAGAUCCGUACCAUUUCUCCAGGGAAGACACACACAGCUUCCAUUGAUGAGCGAGGCCGCCUGCUGACCUUCGGCUCCAACAAGUGCGGACAGCUUGGUGUUGGGGACUAUAAGAAGCACCUGGGAAUUAACCUGCUGGGAGGCCCCUUGGGGGGUAAGCAGGUGAUCAGGGUUUCAUGUGGAGAUGAAUUCACCAUAGCUGCUACUGACGACAACCAUAUCUUUGCCUGGGGUAAUGGCGGGAAUGGGCGUCUGGCAAUGACAUCAACUGAGAGAGCUCACGGCUCAGAUAUUUGUACCUCGUGGCCUCGGCCAAUAUUUGGGUCGUUGCAUCACGUUCCAGACCUGUCAUGCCGUGGCUGGCACACCAUCAUCAUUGUCGAAAAGGUGUUAAACUCUAAAACAAUCCGAUCCAACAGCAGUGGCCUGUCCAUUGGUACUGUGGCUCAGAGCUGCACAACUGGAGGAGGAGAGGAAGAGGAUAAUGAACAGGAAGCAGAGACCCCCAAUCCCAGUGGAGGCUUUCGCGGAACCAUGGAAGCAGAUCGUGAGUUGGGCGGCUGGAUCAGCACCACAGAAGCUAAGGGAGGCAACAGUGCUGACAGCAGCUCCUGCCCUGGCUGGCUGCGGAAGGAGCUGGAGAAUGCUGAAUUCAUCCCCAUGCCUGACAGCUCCUUCCCUCUGAGCAUGGCAUCUUCAGAGCCUGAGAAGGAGACUCUCCCUUACCAGAAACUUCAAGGACUCAAAGUGGCCUCUGAGGAACCUGCUGGAUUAAACAAGCCCAAAACGGAGCCCUGGCCUACUUGCCUGAGUCCAAUCUUGCCGUGCGGUGAAGGGAAGGCUGCGUCUCCUGUUGCAGGCUGCAUGUGCAGUGCUCUGCAAGUGGAGGUGACGCACCUCCGAGGCCUGGUUUUACAGUGUCUGGAUGAUCAGAAGAAGCUGCAGCAGGAAACCGUUCGUCUGAGUGCCCAACUCCAGCGGUUCUGCAGGGGGACGGAGGCAAUGCAGCAGGUGCAGGUUCAUUCCAAAGGAACACAGACAGCCAAAGAGGAGAUGGAAGUGGAUCCGAAACCUGACUUGGAUUCAGAUUCCUGGUGUCUCCUGGGAACGGACUCGUGCCGCUCCAGUCUUUAGUCUCCUGAGCCCACUGGGAUCCAUCUAACUUCACAGCACACUAACCGAAUGCAGAGAGCGGCUUUCCUGGCUUCAGGUCACUCGCAGACAAGGAGCGAGGCCGGAGGCUCCAGAGCAGCACCCAUGUACGUUUGAUAUGAACUAGGAGUGAGAUGAGAGGGGAAGGGCUCCUGAGCUCUAGGCCAGCUCAGUUGAUUGAAGCAGCAGCAGCAGCUCCUCUUUGUACCUGAUCUGUCAAUUCUGCACAUGAGGCAGAACGGCCCCAUUAUGGCAAUGGCUCCAGUAGCGGCUUGUGGCCCUUUCAUUGUUUCACUGCUUCUCAGGAGCUGCCUUUGGGACCCCAGUAUUCAUCACUGCAUCUGUAAAUGAGAGGAGGAGACAUGUUUUAUACUGAAGCUGGCUGAACCCUAAGACUCGCCACCUUCACUUCAAGAGGGGUGAAGGACUAGGAUCCUCUCCCUACCACAUGGCAAGGCCCAGCCAGUGAGGCUGCUCCCCUCUGCUCAGGGGCAGAGGGAACAGAGAAUGUCUCAUUCUGGAGGCAGUGGAGAUCUUCCUGUUAGGGAGGUAUGGCAGACAGCAUGUCCCUGGCCUCAAGGCACAGCUUCUGGCCAUGUGUCUGUGUCCAGUGGCCUGUAUAGACAGAGUUUAAAGGCUUUAUUCUGGGUGCCUUGAGCUUUCCAACUUCCAGGCAGUGCACCGAGAUGAGUGAAUCAGGUGUUGUUUCCAAUAGCAGUAGCGGGGGCUGUCUGAGAUGGGAUCUCUGGUUCUCAGUUUCAGACCACCUGCUUCCCAACCAGAUGACAAGCGUCCAGGCCUCAGACUAAGUCACCCAUUUCUUGCUCCAGCUGUUCAACCUGGUUUGGGUGCCAGAGCUUCUGGUUUCUUAGUGUAAGCCUGUAGCUGCUCCCUGCUUAGCUUCUGUUCUGCUCAGCCCCUGGUGCCCACGUUCUGUGUGGGUGUGGGAAGAAUCAGUAUUUUUCCACUCAGUGUUUUGAUGAAGCUGGAAUGCAGUUUCCUACCCAGAAUAGGUCAUUAAUGCCGUGGUCACAGGAUGCAGCCUUCCCCAAUGACCAUGAAUGAUCAAGUCUCUGUCUGGAAUUCACCUUCUUUCUAGAAGCAAGAGGCUUUCCCAAGAAAAUUGGAGAUGGGAAGAGGCAUGAUCUGAUGCUUAGGAUUUCCUCAUUUCCUGUUAGAGAAUGAGGUUAAUUUUAUUCCCCUUAAAUUUGUUAGCAAACUGCCUUUGAACUAAGCUUUUGGGAUUGGUAGGAUCCCUGGGAGCAGCUAGCCUCCCCUGCCUUACAUGAAGCCUCUAAGGAGUCCCAAGUCCCUCUCACCUUUGCUGUGAGAGUGGGGUUGUGAUUUCAUUAGCCUUAAACCACCCCCAUCGAUGGCAUGUCACUAGAAUUGACUUAGGUCUAUUGGAGUCGGAUGUUCUAUCACCUCUC